GGGUCCAUGUGCAUGUGAAUGACGUCGCUGACUUCAAGUCCGAACGACUCCUUCGUUUGUUUUUAUUACUCUUUUAAUCUUGGGCCCAGAAUCGGUAAUCUGUAAAUGUGCGGCCAUAAUGUGAGCUCAUCUGCCGCUGUCGUCCGACCCGUGGCUGCCGUUCGUCCUGUCAGGAGCAGCGGCUUGCUGUAGAGGAUUACUAGAGAUAAUACGCAGUAGACUUCUCCAGUGCGUCUAGCUGUCAAACUGAAAACUAUGUAUUGGAAAGAGUAGAAACAAGACAUUAGUUCAUAUUUAUUGACUUUGGUUUUUCGUAUCUUUCUUUUUGUCCUCUGGAUUAUCGCUGCCCAGCAACACGGCCACCUGACAACUCUGAAUGUCGUAAUUAAGGUGAAUCAAUGAGUCAGCAAUGGAGACCAAAAGAUACCAAAGUUUCUUUGAUGGGAGCGACACAGAGAACAGAUGGCCGCAGGUCCCCAGCACCAUGGAGCACUGCUGCAGCACAGAGGAUUCAAGUCUGACUAGCAGUGAUAUCCUGAUGGACAUAGUCAAUGUAAGCUGCCCUGCUGGAAGCCCGACCACUGACUGUAAAGACAACAAUACCAAGAAACCGGAGCAGCCAAUGCUUCGGCUUAGCCAGAACCAGCCAUUUGUUCUCCCUCACUUCAACAACACUCUCCAUGGUCAUAAGCAGGAAAUGGACUCCAAGGAGCUUUCCAAGACUGUGGCUGAGUCUAUGGGACUGUAUAUGAAUGCUGCCAGGGAGGCAGACUUUGCUUUUAGCCAGCAUGGGGGCAGUACCAGCCCUGGGAAGAUGUAUCCAGUGUGUGGGCGGGCUCUAGAGGAGACCCAGUGUGGUUCCACAAAGAGCCCCAAGUUAAAGCACUUUGGUUUCCAGCAACCCAGUACCACUCCCAGAGAAUGCGCGACUGCGACUCCAGUUAGCUCAGCAUCAAUGCUAGCCUCGUCUAUGUCCUGCAGCCCCCAGACUUCUAGCUCCAUCUCUAGUCCCGGGGGUAGCAACAAUAUGGUGUCAUCAACCACCAGUCCUCCUACGUGUUUUGGACCGGUGUGCUCGUCUGUCAGUAGUCCUGUCAGCCAGACAUCUUGUGCUGCAACUCUCGCCAACGUCAAACGCAGGAACUCAGCCACAUGUAGCCCUGUGGAGUCCAGCACAGUGGGCUCGCCUCCUCUCACCAGCCCGCUCAACGUCAUGAGGUCCCCCAUGUCCAGCCCCCACAGUAUGAGUAGUGUGAGAUCACCUCCGUCCUGCAGCACUACCUGUAAUAUCAGGUCGUCUGUCUCGAGCCCUACGGGUGGCAGCUGCACCAGCACUGCCAACAACUGCAACACCGCAAGGCCAUCCAUGUCCAGUCCGGCUACAGGGGGCGCCAUGGCUGUUGGCAGCCCACAGAACUCCUCCUCUGGUGGGUUCCCUGUGUCCAGUCCUGCUGGAGGACUAGGUUUGGUGCAAAACGACACCAACAGCCCAGAUGCAGAUGGUCUGACCAGAGACUCGGAAUUCAAGAAUUUUGAAUUCCCCAAAGUAGAGAUGGUAGACGGGGAAGUUUUUAACGUCGGCUUAGACCAGAUGGGCAUGGUUAAGUACAUCAAGAAUGAACCUGGGACUGACUUCAGAAGCAUGUGUUUAGGCAGCUCCAAGUGUAAUGCGAGUAGCACACCUUUUAUCACACAGAUUAAGAGUGAGCCAAACAAAAAUGAGGGAUGUAUGAACCCCCAGCACUAUGCUGAGCAGCCGCCAUCUCUUAGUCUCUAUCCUGCAUCUGAAACCACCUAUUUGUCCCUGAGGAAUAACAUUGAUGAAUUCAGUCUUUCCGGUAUCUUAGGACCCCCUGUCUCCUCUAUGAAUGGGAACUAUGAGUCCGAUGUGUUCUCCAACAAUGUCCUGUCUAAAGGGGUAAAGCAGGAGACCACUGAUGGCAGCUAUUACCAAGAGAAUAACAGCAUGCCCACAUCGGCCAUUGUUGGAGUUAAUUCCGGUGGACAUUCAUUCCACUACCAGAUUGGAGCUCAAGGAACAAUGUCUUUCACGCGGCAUGAUGUGAGGGAUCAGUCCAACCCUUUGUUGAAUCUAAUUUCGCCCGUAACAGCGUUAAUGGAGUCGUGGAAAUCUCGGCCGGGCAUUUCACAAGGGUCACUGUCAGCCAGAGGUGAGGGAUACCUGGGUCAGAACUGCAUCACGGACAGCAUGUCAAGCUCGCCACUGAGACAACCGUCCUCAACGGCUAAAGUGUGCCUGGUUUGUGGAGACGAGGCGUCAGGAUGCCACUACGGUGUUGUGACGUGUGGAAGCUGCAAAGUAUUCUUCAAAAGAGCCGUUGAAGGUCAGCACAACUACCUGUGUGCCGGGAGAAAUGACUGUAUCAUUGACAAGAUCCGGAGGAAAAACUGCCCUGCAUGUCGUGUACGGAAGUGUCUGCAGGCUGGGAUGAACCUAGGAGCACGGAAGUCCAAGAAGUUAGGGAAGCUGAAGGGUGUCAGCGAGGACCUGCAGGGCUCUAAGGAUGGCCAAACUGCCACAAGUGGCGUCGGAGGCGGUUACCUUUCGUCAGAGAAGGAGCUCAACGCUAGUGCUGCCAAUGCCCUGGUGCCCCACGGGCCCGGGGUGGUGACACCUUUUCUGCCACCCUCCAUCUGCAGUGUGUUGGAGCUUAUUGAGCCUGAAGAGGUGUACUCUGGGUAUGACAACACGCAGCCCGACACCACUGACCACCUGCUGUCCAGUCUCAACCGCCUGGCCGGAAAGCAGAUGGUACGCAUGGUGAAGUGGGCCAAAGUACUUCCAGGUUUCCGAGGCCUGCCCAUUGAGGACCAAAUCACCCUGAUCCAGUAUUCGUGGAUGUGUCUGUCCUCCUUCUGCCUCAGCUGGCGCUCCUACAAACACACCAAUGCACAGAUGCUCUACUUUGCCCCUGACCUCAUCUUUAACGAGGACCGCAUGCAGCAGUCAGCCAUGUACGACCUUUGUCUGGGCAUGAGGCAGGUGAGCCAGGAGUUUUUAAGACUGCAGCUAACCUACGACGAGUUCCUCUCCAUGAAAGUCCUUCUGCUUCUCAGCACAGUUCCCAAAGAGGGUCUGAAGAACCAGGCGGCGUUCGAGGAGAUGAGGGUUAAUUACAUUAAGGAGCUCCGGAGAUCAGUGGGAAAAGCAACCAACAACUCUGGCCAAACCUGGCAGCGCUUCUUCCAGCUCACCAAGCUACUGGACGCCAUGCAUGAUCUUGUGGGGAACCUGUUGGAUUUCUGUUUCUACACCUUUCGUGAGUCCCAGGCCCUGAAGGUGGAGUUCCCCGAAAUGUUGGUGGAGAUCAUCAGCGACCAGAUACUCAAGGUGGAGUCGGGCCUUACUCACACAAUCUACUUCCACAAGAAGUGACUCUCUUUGCAGAAGAAACAGAAGUGUCAUUAAGAAACUGGAACACAAGAGGAAGAAGUUCAAGAGUAUGAAAUGUGCGAGGAAAGGCCAGACCAGUCGGCCCGCACCUGGACCGCAAGUUUGCCAGCGUCCGCGUCUUUGGAAAGUGAAGUGGCGUGGUGACAGGAGUAAAAAAAAGGGUAGAACUGAUUAGACCCUGGCAGGCACUACGAGCAGGUAUGAGCUGUGAAUAGAUCGUGGAGCCGAGCGCGGCAUGCAGAGAAGGACUUCAGAAAAAUGUGACAAAGCAUCCCGAAGUAUUCCCUCCCCCCCGCCCCCCACAGUCCCCCCCAGUCCCCCUUCCCCAAAGAACAGUAUUUUCUAUGGAGAUAAAGCCAUACAUUUCUUAGGCUGCGCUAGAUGCAUUCACUGCGCACACAAACACAAACACACACACACACACGAACACAGUGGGAUAUCGAUACACAUGCUGUCCACAUGCCUUCACACAAACGCACAGAUGCACUCCACAUGCACUAAAAUCAAAUUCCCUUAAAAAUCUAGAGAGAGAGUUUUUGCAAAUAUUAAAUGUGGCUUAUGCAGUCUUUCACAAACAAUAGCACUACAGAAAAAGAAGAUAUGCCAAUACUUAGAUUUUGCUUUGCAGUGUAGCAUUGUACUGCAAGAGUACAGGGCAAAAGACUUUGUGAGGAGGAGGUAAUUGUAGAAGGAGAGGCGAAAGGUCUAUUUGAGUAUAAUCAAAGGGCUAUACAAGCAUCAUCAUAAGCUGAAUAAUUACAUUAAAUUUAUCAAAUCCAAGUUUGAAUCUCAAUUGGUGUCAUAACAGCCAUCAUCAACAUUCACAUACUGAGUUUUUUUUAAUUCAAAUAUGUAGUAAAACAAUCAAAACUAAUAUGCAAAAGUCCAAAGCUAAAGCUGUUUGAAUCUAAAAAAUGUCUCUCUUGUGUAAAGAAAGAUUGCACGUGAAGCUCCCAUGUCAUCAAGUCACUAUUUUAGGCAUUGUGGUGUAGAACUAAGACGAUAUUGACAAACAAUUUUACCUUUUUGCAAAAAGUGGACAGGUGUGCUGCAGAAAGAAAUCUCGCAUUUACGCCGGUAAUGGAUUUGACUGAGGUGCAUCCAUAGUAAUUGUGUUUUGUGUUAUCUCCAGAGCAGCUGUCCAAAUGUCUGUUUUUACUCACAAUGAAGCGAAACCAGCCCUUUGUGAACCAACACUUAUCUACUCUUCCCAGAAAUAAUAAAAAGCAUUUUAUAAAAGUGUGUUGCAAAGGUUUAGUUUUUGACAAGCCAGUCAUUUUACAUUAAGGUGCUUCAUUUUCUACAAAGCCAGGCAAAAGCAUAACAUGUACAGUAACGCGCAGACGGUCCAUACAGUAGACUAAAUGGACACGCAGUUUAAACACACAUACUCUCUGUAAAGUUGAUAUAAUCCCAAACGGAGCAUUACUCUGCAGUGCUUACAGCAAAUGGCUAAUGUAUCAAAAACCAGGCAAAUGUGUACAGGUAUUAACAACUCCUCUUCAGCGGUUGUACAGUUUCGAGGUACUUGUUGAUGAAUGCUUGAUGAGGAACUGUUGGUAUUAUCACCUUUACUAAUUACGUUUAUUUCCUUGCUCUUUAUCUUUGGGCCAAGUACUACUAUUUUAAGUAUGGCAGGCCUAGUCAUCUGGACCAUUACCUUGUCUCACACCCCACUGCUUUCUGGAUGGUUGUACGACAUAACUAUGAUGCUACUGAAAAGCGAUAGCGCCGAUGGGGUAGAAAAACAGUGGGGGCGUGCGAUCUAUUGUUUUGUUUUUUUGUGCCCUGUGAGUGCGUAUUUACAUUUGUGUAUGGAGUGAGAAUGGCUUAAGUUUUGUGUGUGUGAGUGUGUGUGUGGUGUUUUUUUUUGUGUUUCUGGCAAUCAUUUGCAUAGUUGAUCUGCUCUUUCAGUGUGGGUAUUAUGCAUUUAUGUUAUAGGAUUAGCCAUAUCCUAUUUCCACAUUUAGAUUUGCACAAAGGCGACACAAUGUGAAAUGAGGCAUUAGCGCAGCUAGCAGGAAUUGUCUUGUUUUGAUAAGCAACUGGGAUGAUGUGAGGAAAGACUUGCUGCAUGGUCACCCAGCCUAAAGUUAGACCACAUGACAUCAUUAGCACAGCCGGUUGCCGGAGUGAUGUAUUUGUGGCCCCGGCUCUUGUAAUAACACCGUGGUGCUACGCCACCAGCUCUCUUAUGAGGCGGUAAUUGAGUGAAGAUUGGUGUACAAAGAGAUGGAGGUGGCAUGAUCACAACUGUCAUUAGGGACUGUACGGAAAUUAUUCGGGGUGUUCAAUAAAAGGGGGAGGGUUAUGUAUUUCCUAAUUUCGUCUCAAGGGAGCGUUGUUUAUAUUUGUUGCGAGAGCAGAGGGAGGCUUCUUAUCUCGUCCUACAAUUAUGCUUUCAUUUAUUUUGGGCUGGAAUUAUUGUGGUGCUCAAGUCUAUCAGUUCUCAUGAUGAUUUCUCCAAUCAGAUGACGCAUUGAGCGGCUUUUAACCAACUUCUAAGCAGCUCUUAUUUAAAAUUGGAAACUGGGUGUAUAUUUUACUAUUAUCUUAUGUUUCGAUACAUAUAUGAUUUUCAUUUGUUCUCGGGAGAGUACCAAAAAUCUGAAUAAUGCUCUGUUGGGCUCGGCUCUCUGUUCAGUCCCCCUCCGCUGCCGGAUAGAUUUCGUACAGUCCCUUGUCGGAAAGGCCUCAUUUUAUAAUCUGUCUAUAAUCUGUUGUGCAUUUAUUUUCAAGUUGUGAAGGACCCUUAAGCUAAAUCUCUCACUGUUUCUUUGAUUUGCCCCUUUUAUGUCCUUUUUAAAGAAUUAAAAAUACUGUCUAAAGGUUCAUAGGAUGAAUAGGGAAAGUAUUUUUGAGAGAAUUAUAUUUUGCUGGAAAACAAUAUUUAAGUACUUUGUCUAAAAAUGAUAUCCUUUUUGUAAAAUGAAAUGUUAAUGCAUGCUUUUUGAUGAGAUGUUUACAUUGUAUUUAAAAAAGGGAAACUUGUGCCUUUUUAUCUCACCUGAUUUACAAUUUUACAGUAUAUAUUGUAAAUAAUACAGCAAGUCCUUAUGUUGAGUAUAGUAUAAAACAUUUCUACUUUAACCAUCUUGUUGGAAUAUUGGAAAAAUGUGUGUUUCCCACUCGCCAUGUUCUGUGUCGGAUCACAGAGAAGAUUUUACAGUGAAGGUUGGCGCCUGAACGGGCCGAAUAGAGAAAUGAAUGUAUCAUACAUUGUGAGAGACGUACUACCUGAAUGUUAGAGAGAGUACAUUUAUUAUCUUCUUAUUCAGUAACGUUAUUUGAUUUUGCAUCUUUUUUUUUUAAACUUUUUGCAUCAUUGUUCAAGUGGCUCAAACAAAAAAUAAUAAUAAUCAAAAAGUAUUUCUUUUUGUAACAAGAUGUGUCAAGUGAUGGAUCCUUGAGUUGUUGCUGUUGAAAUGAUUUCCUAACCCGUGGCGGUAUUGUUGAUGAGCACCACAAUAAAAUCAAGAAAUCACAAACUAUUCAAACUGGAAAAUGUGAAAGAGAGUUCUUUACUUUUCAGUUUUAGAGAAGCUAAACUUAAUGCACACAUGAAAUGUAAUAAAGUAAUCAAUGUAGAAAAAUGUUGACAAAGUUAAUCCAGUUGAAAUUUGACUGUUUUUGACCAGUUUAUAAACUGGACCUUUUGCACUAACCGCCAAAAUAAAUUUCAAUCAUAAAACAAAACCCAAAGAAAAUACAAAUCUAUACACAUUAGAUCCCUGAUUAUACAAAAAUAAUAUCAAUAAUAUUCUCAAUCCCGUGGUCAAGCCUUCUGCAUUCCGGAUAUAUAUUGUUAGACCUUUUUUUCUAAGGCUAUUUUUCUUUUAAAAUAAUAGUUUGACAUUUUGGAAAAUACAUGUAUUCACUUUUUUGCUGAAAACUGCUGGCACUCAUGUCUGUUCGGUAAAUAUGAAGCUACAGCCAGUACAACGUUUGCUUAGUUUAGCAUAAAGACUGGAGGCAGCAGGAAACAGCUUGGCUGGACUGUCUAACGGAUUAAAAAAAGUACAUUUACCGUUGUUUCUUUGUCAAAUCAGUAGAAAGAGUUAGUAAGUUGUAGUUCUAUGGGGUUUUUGGCCGGAUUGUUAGGAAGUCAUUGCACUUGGUCAAGAUAUAGUCCAAGACGUCAUCCCCCAGUUAAACAAUAACUUUAAUCACACUUUUCUGUAAGAGUUAAACAGACAGAUAACAUGUUCAUUAGUGAGCUUUAGAGCUGCUGGUUAGCAGAUUGUGUUUGCUGUAGACAGUCAGGCUACCCUGGUUGUAGUUUUUAUGCUAAGCUAUAAAAAGGGCAGAUAGUCAUCCACCCUGACCCGGCUCUGCUCGAUGCUUCUAAUGGAGGAAUGAUAUGUGAGGUCUUCGUAAUCCAAAAAGCCAAGACCUGCUUUUGGAACGUGUCAUGAGAUAACUUCUUAUUGAGUUGUGCAAGCUAAGCUAAGUGUCUCCUGCCUGUAGCUUUUUAUUUAUUAUGAAUAGAUGACAUAGCUAUCAAUCUCCCUGUGUUCCUCUGCAACAAAGCAAAUUGUCAAACCUUUAAAGGAACAAAAAUGAUUUAACUAUUUAUUUACUGGAAGCCAAUGGACACCUUCUGCACUGAUAUAUUUGAUAGUAAGCAACGCCAUUUUCAAAGCUGUCUUCGUCUUAAUUGACUUCCUUCAGGCAUGAUGAAUGACUCAGAACGUGUUGAGCUUUUACACAGGUCACCAUCGCGUCACUGUGUGACGACUUCGCCAUUUUCUGUUCACGGUGAUAAAUCGGGUGAAGAGAGACUAAGCCAUAUCUCCACAGCCAUGGCAGUGCAUUUCUUAUUAAUAUGAACAUAUAUACAAAUGCUUUUUUUCAAUUCCAAAAAUGACUUUUUACUCAGAUGCUUUGUACAAUAUUUCUCUCAAUAACUAUCCAUCAAACAUACGGUAGACAUCCUUCACCAUAAACCAAUAAAACCAGUUACAACUGUAUAUCUUGAUGCAGAUAUUGCCAUAAUGUGUCUGCAAAACUAUUGCAAGAUUCUAAUAAAACUGUUAAAUUGA